GCUUUUCAUUACCCCCACCCUCGAUGCUCUCCUCCCGUUUGGCGGCUCGAUUUCUCGGUCGAUCUUCAAGGCGGUACUUCUUGGUAGCUCAUUAUCACGCAACAAACUCAGUAUGGGCUGCACGAAAAGUCACCCAAAAAUUCAAGUUGGCGGACAUUGGUGAAGGAAUAACGGAAUGUGAGGUUAUCAAGUGGAAUAUCAAACCAAAUUCUACUGUCCAAGCGUUCGAUCCGCUAUGCGAAGUUCAAAGCGAUAAAGCGAGUGUGGAAAUUACUAGUCCUUAUGACGGUGUUGUAACCGAGCUACUGGUUCAAGAAGGAGAGGUUGCGAAAGUUGGAUCUGGACUCUGCAUGAUAGAAGUCGACGAGGAUGCUAGUAUCGAUUCAAACGCAGUAGAAUCGGUCGUCGGUUCCUCAGCGAUGUCGGAAUCCACCAAGCAGCUCCAAGCAGAACAGGAGACUUUGCCGCGUCAAGAACGAGUGGGAAAAGCUUCUGGACGCAUACCGCAAUCUCCCAGAAGAAAGCACCCCAUGGAUCCUACCUAUUCUCCUGAAGUUGACGGUGCCGGGUCAAAGGCGGAAAAUGUGCUCGCUACGCCCUCAGUUCGUCAUUUUGCGCGUCAGAAAGGCGUUGACCUCGCAAACAUUGCACCUGGAAGCGGCAAAGAUGGCAGAGUGGAGAAGAGAGAUGUUGAAACGUACCUUGCUGGUGCUACUCCUGCUACACCCAGUCCAAGUGCACCCGAAACGCGUCAAGUAGGCGAGGAUGUCGUUGUAGAACUGAGCAGAAUCCGCUACGGAAUGUGGAAAGCAAUGGAAAAGAGCCUUGAAAUACCUCAUUUCGGAUACUCGACCACUCUCGAUCUUACGGUGUUGAACCAGCUUUUACCCUCGCUCAACUCCUCUAUUCCACCUCAUUUUCUUCCACCGCCCUCUAUACCCCCUGCACCCCAAUCCAUAUCGCCAGCCUCCCUCUACCCACCACCAUCACCACCUCCAGUCCCUCCUUCAGGCCAAUACACCAAGCUCACUUACCUUCCCUUCCUUCUGAAAACCCUAUCCAACGCGAUGAUGGAAUGGCCACUUCUCCGGUCUUCGAUUACAUCCACGUCAGGUGCAUCCAAAUCCAAACCUAGCCUGACUAUCCGCCCUCAGGCGGACAUAUCAAUCGCUCUUUCAACCCCAACAGGCCUUUACACACCUACUUUACAGGGUGUCAACACCCGUUCAGUUUACGGGAUAGCUUCUCAGCUCAAACACCUUUCCCAUCUUGGCCGUCAAACGCCUUGCGGUCUUUCUGUCAAGGAGAUGCCGAAACGUGGUGGGACUCUUACUGUCUCUAACGUCGGGGCUAUUGGUGCAGGUGACUUUGCUUCGCCUGUAUUGGUCCCUGGAGGCGGUGUUGCUAUUGUUGCUAUUGGCAGGGCGAAGUGGGUUUGGGAUGUUGAUAGAGGUGACGGAAAGGGUGAGAGGAGGUUGAAAGUGGGAGUGAGCUGGAGUGCGGAUCAUCGAGUGGUUGAAGGGGCUGAGUUGGCUGCAUUUGUAGAAUGUUGGAGAGCGUAUGUCGAGAGGCCGGAACAGAUGAUUGCCAGUAAUGUUUGAACGUUCUUUUUGACAAUUCUGACUGGAGGGAUCCGUGGUUGUGGGAGGAAAACUGUAUCAUUAGAUUACACAUCAAUCUUUUUAUUGUACAUGUGCAUGAAACCAUUCAGAUGACGCGGUUGCGACAGUUGGGUACUGCCUUCCGACGCCAUACGGUGUAGUACCAAUGUGGA